AUGACUGAGGAAGGGGCACGCAGGUUUUCGCAGGUGGGGCCAGAAGAAAGGGGACAUGAGAACGGGAAGACUCCCCAGGAAAGGGGGACCUAUUUAUGCCUGGGCGACGGGUGGAAUUCGCCGUUCUCCGCACCACAUAAAUGCCCAAUAUACUGGAUCACUGUGCUAAAUUGUGCUACGUUGAGUUCCAAAGACGGAGGACAAAAGGAGGCAGGCGGCCGCUCCGGCCUCGCGGCUCUUGAAGAUAACCCCAGUAAAGAGCAGGGCUCCAUCCUUUCUAAACCCCAUGCAAUAAUCGAAAUUCAGCCGCUGGACGCAUGGGAAUGGGGCGGAGAACGACAAAGCUUCAGGGCACAGACCAAGACCCUCAAGGCAUGGCGAGGUCAAAAUGUAGACAAGGGCAUGAGCACGAAAGUGGAAAUAUCUCUUUCAGAACGAUGGGGCAUCGGCCACAAGGGUCAGAUCGAGAUUUCAUUGAUUCGGUCGUCCAAGAGGAUUCGCCAUAAAUCGCGCGACGACUGGCAGCAAGUGAAUCACGGGAAUGACACUAUUGGGGAGAUUCGCUCUCGUCCAUACGCAGCCCGAGAAAAGAAAAAUCUGCCUAGAACACACGAGGCUUUAACGCGUAACACGCGCCAGAUGCGCGAGGCAGACGAGACAGAAUGCUCCUUUUGGGACUUACCCGAUUGGGCGGCGCCAUUCGCCGGAAACUCGGGACUUGAGAGCUGUUUCACGAUUCCUCUCAUGGGUUGGCGUAGUUUUCUAGCGUACACUGCGCUCUAUCUCCGUGUUUUCCUUCAUCUUCUGGUCCCGCUCGUGGGAGGGGAUUGUCCAAUUAUGUCCACCCCCACGUAUGGCACCAAAGGCGCUGUCUUCACCGCUUGCGCCAACAUCACGAUCCCCGCAACCCCGGACUUGAUUUUCGACAUUGUGUUAGACUUCCCGUCCUAUCCUGAAUGGAAUACGUUCGUUGUCAAAGUGGACGCAGCUCCCGGAAGCCCUUGGGUUGGUGAGAGUAUCACACUCCACACAGUGGGGUUACUUCCAUUCAGUUCCACAUCAACAGAGAUAAUCACUGUACUCGAUCGCGCUGCCAUGACUGUGGCAUGGCGCUACGAUGACGGUCUGAACGGGAUAAUCACUGCCGCUGAGCAUGUUCAGCUUGUACGCGACAUUGGAGGCGGAAUGUGUGAAUAUCUUAGUUGGGAGACAUAUUACCGACCAUUAUCCCUUGCUCUAGACGUCCUGUUUGAGGAGCGGUUGAACGCGGGAUUCGCUGUUCAGGCAGAAGAUUUAAGACGGAGAGCAAUUUCGCUUGUCACCCCUUAA